AUGUCUUUAAAAUGCAAGCUUGUUUUAGUGGGGGUUAUUUAUUUGUCUUGCAAAGUGGUUUCGACUGGCUGCGAAGUGGUUUGGGUAAAUCGAAAUGUUCGGGACAGCUUUCUUGUUGGGAAAGACGGUUGUAUGUCUGAUCCAAAGGUUUGCACGAAUUUCGAUGCAAGAUGUACAAAACCUGCUGGUGUGUGCUUAUGUGGCACUAAAUCUAACUAUAGAAAUCCUAGACCUGGUAACGAUAAAGGUUAUGGCUGUUUGGACAAUCAUAAUAUGCGCACUGGAAUUGGUGAGUGCUAAUACUGUUGUAGUCAUUUCAACUUUACAACUAAACAUUUAAACUUGCAUCUGUUUUAUAAUGGUAUGGUAAUAUAAAUGAUUGGGUUAUUAAAGUUUUCGCAUAAAUUUUACUUUGAUAUAGGAGGAUCCACAAACUGCACAUUGGAACCUUUUCAACUUAUACCCUACAGCCAUAAUAAACUACCCGAGAAAUUCAGUGACAAUCCACACAUAGUGAUGAAGAAUUGUUCCUUGUCCAAUGUAAAGGCAAAAUUUCCAGACAAGGCCAGAGAAAUGGAGCUGCAAUGGUUGGAUGAAUCUUACGUUGAUUUGAACGUCUCUAGCAACGACAUAUAUUUCAAAGUACGUAACUGAAUUCAUUCCCAUUUCUCUUUAGCUAUGUGUAAAAUUAGUUUGUUUUCUCUUUCCUAGUGGAAAAGAUCAGUUCCAAAUUUGCACGGGACGAUAAUUACUUUCAAUCUCUACUGCGAGGUAAAGAUCCCAGGGAUCAAGGCUGACCAAUCUCGCCAAAGAAAAUGCCUGCGAGCAAAGAUUCGUGGAACAUGGUUUGCAGGUAACUGCUACAAAAAUAAAAUGUUGACUUAUAAACCAGUUUAACUAUACGUAACGUAACUAUGUCCCUAUAAGGGAGUUUAAGAUUCACGUUUCCGGGAACAGCAAACGGCAGGUUCCAAUUUUCUUGGCAAAAUUUUCGUUGAACGUUUUCGUUUCAUAUUUUCUUUCUUGCGUCGAAAGGAUAAUUAUGUAUUUCAGUUUUAAAACAGCAAGCACAUUUACUCUUUAUUGCCUGAUUCCGUAAAAUUUUUCUUUGCCUGGCGUUUGCCGUUUGACGUAUAACGCGAAGCUCAUGCUUCACAUCUUCUAGACGCUGACCCUGUACCAACUGAGCAAACAGAUACCUCUACACCAACUGAGCCGACAGAGGUCCCAACACCAUCUGAGCCAACAGAAGUCUCUACGCCAUCUGAGCCAACAGAGAUCCCUACACCAUCUGAGCCAACAGAAAUCUCUGCACCAAUUGAGCCAACAGAGAUCUCUACAUCAACUGAGCCAACAGAAAUCUCUACACCAACUGAGCCAACAGAGAUCCCUACACCAUCUGAGCCAACAGAAAUCUCUACACCAUCUGAGCCAACAGAGAUCUCUACACCAAAUGAACCAACAGAGGUUUCUGUACCAUCUGAACCAACAGAGGUCCCUACACCAUCUGAGUCAACAGAGAUCUCCACAUCAUCUGAGCCAACAGACGUCUCUACACCAACUGAGGCAACAGUAACCUCCAGCCAACCUAAAUCUUCACAGAUAAUAACAAAAAUAACUUCGCCUGUAACAGUAACAACAGCAGAACCAAGUAUGUUUUAAAGUUAAAAUGACUUUUUUAUUUUAAUGUAAUAAUGUCUUUUUCUCCGCAGUAGAACAUAGUUAGACGCCAAAAAGCGUUAACGGUUAGGAAUUAGAUAAUAGAUAUCAUAAAUAAUAUUUUGCAAUUGUUUACUGCUUUAACAAUUUAAUACGAGCUUUUUCCAACGUCAGUUUUGGCGUUAUUUUCCAACUAAGUUCCCCAGGGAAUGUGGAUCUUUUUAACUUGAAAAUUCCGCCUCAUCCUUGGACAUUACUAUAAACAGCACAUGAUUAAAAGUCUUAAAAAGGGAAACUAUUCCUUGUGCUGGUCUGAGACUUGAAUCAGUUUUCAAAGCAAGCCCUUUAUUUGCACCAUGUCGUUUGCUAUCGCUAAUACUAAAUUUAGGGCGCAAAUUAACGACUGUAGCAAGAAUUUCGGUGAGCCUACGACUUAGUUAAUAUAGACAAUUGAUCUCUGGUCAAAAGAAUAACUCUUUGAUGUCCAUAUCUGCAUGUACCACAUACAAUGGCGGAUUCUUUACUUACAUAAUAGAAAACUGAACAGCGCAUGAUAAAUUAUUCUUCCUAGGAACAAAUCCUACAUGGUCAAUUCCUGUAGUAACUAGGCAACUAGCGACAUCAGCAUUGAAGUCAACUGAUACCAUGACAAUGUCGCCUACCAUUUCAGCUCGUUCCAGUUCUCCGCAGAAAGGAUCGAGCAGUGAUGGUGAUUCCAGUGGAACAAUUAUUGCUAUAGCUGUUAUGGUAGCUGUAAUACUGUUGAUAGCCUUGGUUGUCUUGUUCUGGUUGUUGUGUAAACGCAAGAAGAGAUAUAGGUAAGCUUUUCAAAGACAUCAAUGAAUAACUUUGGUUUAGUAUCACGUAAUGUGUGACAUAAUAUCGAUAAAAUUGAAAUUUCUCGCAUGGAAAUUUUGUUAAAUAUAAAAAAUUACAGUUUUGAUGUUUUCCUCAACUAAUCAUGGAUGAAAGGAAAGCUUCGCAUAAUUAUUAAUGUGAAUGAUAUCAAUACAAAAUAUCACUUCUCAUGUACUUUGAUAUUUUUACAACAGUUCAAUAAAUUCAAGUCGUGGAAUUUCCUGCAGAGAAGACGGUAUGCACUAUUAUGUAUAAUUGUUUCAAUACCUCGGCAUGAUCUAACUAUGUUUGACUCAGUAGUUCUCAGAAGUGAGUUAUGCGCAACAACAGAUCACUUUAAGGGAGCUCACAAUUAAGAACAUGUACUACCUCUACACGAUCUAACCAUGCUUAACUCAGCAGUGCGUUCAGCUGUAACAAAAUCAAAUCACUUUAAGGUAGCUCACAUUCAUGUACUCCGGCUAAUGAUUUCGCCAUGCUUAACCCCGCAGUGAGUUUUGUACGGCAACAUUGGAUGACUUAAAGAUAGUUCAAUGCAGAUUAUGUAACUCAGCCAUCAUGUCAGUAACACAUGACAUACACAAACGCGUCAGUAUUGAUCCUCCCCUAACAGUGCAUCUUAUUUUCUCAAUUCAGGUUGGACGAGCAUGACACAGUUCAGAUACACAGAGAGUAAUAUUCGAGCACCAGAUCCUUAUGAAGACGCCAGAAAGACAAACGAAACAUUUGCUGUUUACUCCAGCCAUGUUUAUACAACGCUAAAUGUCCGGAGUGUGGUUGUAGAAGACAAUCCUGUUUAUGAAACGCCGUAUAGCCGCCAGUGUGUGGUUGUUGAAGCCAACCCUGCUUAUGAAACGCCAGAUAGCCAGUGUGUGUUUGUAGAAGCUAACCCUACUUAUGAAACGCCAGAUAGCCAGGGUGUGGUUGUAGAAGCUAACCCUGUUUAUGAAACGCCAGAUAGCGAGAGCCUUAUG